AUGCAAGUCCGGACUGCGCGCACUCCUGGCGACGGUAUCUUUAAUCUCAUUCACACUCCUUCUAUCAUCCUCGUUCUAUCGCUUCAGGCUAUUACUGCGGCGGUUACCAAUGAUCACGACGGAAAUUUGGGUACUCUACGAUUCUUGUGUGCACCGUUUGAAAUCCUCUGGGGCCUCAAGACGCGGACCGUGAAGAAGCCCGUUACCAAGCCUAAAGCAGUGUCGGAAACGCUUGUCAAACCAAAGCCCGUCGCAAGACCCAUUGUAAAACAAGUCAUGAAACCCGUCGCGAAACCUAUUGCCGUCAAGAAGCCUACCGCAGCAGCGAAAAAGCACAUCGUGCCUACCAAAGUACCAGCUCUCAAGGCCGCGAUGUCAACCAAAUCUACACCGGCCAAGAACAUCGAGGCGCGUGAGUUCCUCCCCCUCGAGGAACAGGAAUACGAGCAUCUCGUCACUCGGGCGGGGCUUGGUCACCCGUCUGGGAGGAGUGAUGUCAAUCUUUUCCGCGUGGCCAACACCCGAAGGGCGGCUCAACUUGUUCGAUCCCGCCGGCCGUUCAUCGACGACUCGGAUGAAUUUGACUUGGGUGAUCUUGACCAUUCGCCUGAGGUUGCCGUUGGUUUCUACCUCACGGGCAGUCUGAUGUCUGCGGCCCGAUUCGAGUGCUUCGGCAAAGCAACGCGGCCAAGCACGACCGACGUUCUCGAGUACAGAUGGUCCGGAUCCAGUGCGCGAGUGGCCGACUUCUCUGCGGAUACCACGGGCUUGCAUGCAUUCCAGCACUUCAAUGCCAAUCCAGUCCAGGUGGCUGACACACGCAAUCCAUCCGCGCCGACUGCUGCCGCGCUCUUCCAACACGACAUGAUCACUGCUCUAUUCAGUGGCCACCCGAAGUUGACACCCAGCCUCCGUCAUUACGCUGUCAUCAGACAGUCGGCAGCCGACUCGCGGCUUCAACUAGUCGCCCGGUACAGAACAUUUUCUGCAGCAAUGUUCCCGCUGGGUCACAGCUCAUGCCGGGACUCUACGCUCAGGGACAGGCAAGCAAUCGGGGGUCGUGCACUUUCUAGAGGUGUAUCGGCUGCACAUCUUCAGACAGCGAGGGUCACGAUCCAGAUCGUGACUGUUUAA